GGCCGUAUCCACCAGCACACCCGCCCCCUCGCCCCCAAAUCGAAAUCACCGCUCCUCUCCUCGCCUCGAGAAAUUAGGGUUUACGCCCGGAGGAGCUGGCGGAGGCUAUGGCCGGCGGGGAGGAGAGGCCGCCGGGGCUGGCGCCAGGGGUUGCGUCGAGUUUCGAGUUUGCGCUCAAUUCCGCGGCGUUUUCCGAUCGAGUUCUGCGCCUCGAGAUAGCGGCCGAGGAUUGCGAGGCGCCGUUCGUCGGCGAAGGAUCGCCCUGCGACUCGCCGCGUAGCAUAUUCGAGACGGGGCUCGGCUUGGGAGGUACCUCGGCCAAGUCGGUGCGACCUCGCAAGCGCCGCAGACAAGACGACGAAUCUGCACCUCGCAGCUCUGAGGUUGAAUCAGAUGGAAAUAAUUUAGCUGUCAUUGGUGAACAUGGUGAUUCCACUGGCAGACCUGUUUUAAGAGUAAAGCAUAUUCACGUCAGCUCCCUGCUACUCGCUUCUAAAAGCCCGUACUUUUACAAGCUCUUCUCGAACGGAAUGCAAGAAUCGAACCUCAAGGAAAUAACACUAAGGAUUAUGGACUAUGAGGAUGAAGCCUUCCCAGAGCUUUUGCACUUCAUUUACAGUGGAACAAUUAAGACAAGCGAUCCUGUCCUGGUUCUCAAAGUUAUGUGUGUUGCUGAUAGAUUUGAGGUUGUCGAUUGCAUGAGCUAUUGUACCCAGCUGUUGAUUAGUCUACCCAUGACAAAAGAAUUAGCUUUUGUGUAUCUUGAAUAUGAGUGCUCAGUCCCAAUGUCAGAUGUCCUUCAGCCUGUGAAAGCAGCAGCCCAGGAAUUUCUGGCUGACAAGUACAAAAACCUGUCAAUGUCUGAAACUGAGUUUCUGGAAAUGCCACUAUCAGGAAUUAAAGCUAUAUUCUCAAGCAACAACUUGAAGGUUUUUUCAGAGGACUUGGUCUUGGCUUUUCUGCUCAAGUGGGCUCUUGCCAAUUACCCAGAAACAGUAGAAAGGCGUAGGAUCUUGAUCAACCAUUUGCUUCCAAUGGUGCGUUUCAAUCAGAUGAGUUGUGGAAAAUUGCGAUGGCUUUUGUCCUGUUCGCAUUUGGACGCUCGUCAUUCUGCAUAUAUUGUGGCUUCAGCUCUUCUGUACAAGUACAGUUCACCACACAGAGUCCUUCCUGCCAUAUCAGAUAUCCAUUGCAGUUUUUUGGAGCGGACAUACAAGCACAAACCAGUGAAGACCAUUGAAUUGGAGCGUCCCCAUAACCGAUGUAUUGCUUAUAUGGAUCUCAAAUCUGAGGAGUGCAGCAAUCUCUCUCCAUCCAGAAGUAUCAGGUCACAAGCAUUCGACUUUGCAGGGCACUCCUUUUUCCUCAUUGUACAGCGCACUGUUAAUGCUCAACUGGGGAUUCACUGUUUCGGACUGUAUUUGGCAGUCGAAAAAGGAGUAUCAGUGCCAAUAACCAUAGAGUUCGAAUUUGCAGCGAGAACAAAAGCUGUUGGUGACUUUGUGUCUAACUUCAGACAUAUCAAGACAUUCACCGGCGAAAGUAAUCAACUAGGAUCCCGAGAUCUCUUUAACAUGUCCUGGGGUCAGGUCUUUUCUGAAGCAAGUCAAUUUUUACUUGAUGACAUGUUAUAUCUUCGAGCUGAGCUGACUGUAAGGCAACCUUAGUCCCAGACCCCACUCAAUGACAAUUCUUGAUUUUAUCUGUUCUCUGACCUGCUCCGUAGAGAGGACCUCAUCAACAUCGUGAUUUUCCGAGUUGGGUACACCAGGGCAUGGCUGACCGAGGCUUCCAUAUCUUGAUGCUGAAUAGGAGGCAAGUAUAGGAUCAGACAAGAAAGCUACCCUCUUCACCUGGGACAGUAGCGUCAAUGCGUCCGCAGUUUUACUGUAGAGUGAUGGCUUGGCAACGAUUAGCAGUUUACCUUCGUCUCUCUGAACAUUUCGGACGGUACAGUGUGUACAGCUUCCUCCAGAAUAGUACAGUAGCUCUGUUAAGGAAAGGUGCCAAGUGAUGCACUCUUGUUCGCCACUUCACAUUUGGAGUGCUAGGAAACGAUGAUGUUUGUUGUAUAGCGUUUUUGGAGUCUCGGAGAAAUUAAACUCGAUGUAGCUUUCAGGAUGAAUUUGUGCUGAAAGUGCCGAUAUCCCCACUUUUUUUUU